CCUUACCGUCAAACAGCGCUGCUUUUCUCUCUCUCUCUCUCUCUGAGACUCUACACGAUUGAAGCUACUGCUUCUCCAAUCUCUCUCUCUCUCUCUCUCUCUCUCUCUCUCUCUCUUCAAUGGAUUCUUCUUCUCUAUCCAUCUUAGGCCCAUUGAAACCUACAUCCCUAGCAUCAUCAUCUGAGGAAGACCCUCCAAACCCAUCAACAGCUCUCCUCUCCAAAACUGAUUCCACUUCUCCAAAAACAACCACAACCAUCCUCUUCGUUUCCCUCCUCCUCAUAACCUGCAUCGCUCUCGCUGCUUCCGGUGCAUUUGCCUUCCUCUUCUUCUCCUCCGCUUCCUCCUUCUCUUCUAACUCUUCCCAAACAUCGCUUAACGUAGAGUCAACUGCUCGCCCCCUCACCAAACUCGAUCGGCCCGUCGUUCUCCUAAUUUCCUCCGAUGGGUUCCGAUUCGGGUAUCAAUUCAAGACCCCCACUCCCAACAUCGGUCGUCUGAUCGCCAACGGCACCGAAGCCCAGACGGGUCUCAUCCCCGUCUUCCCAACGCUUACAUUCCCCAACCAUUACUCGAUCGUCACGGGACUCUACCCCGCCUACCAUGGCAUCGUCAACAACUAUUUCUACGACCCUAUCACCGGCGACAAAUUCACCAUGUCGAGCCACGAACCCAAAUGGUGGUUGGGUGAACCGCUGUGGGAGACCGUCGCCAAUCAUGGACUCAAGGCUGCCACCUACUUCUGGCCCGGUUCUGAGGUACCUAAAGGUUCUUGGAAUUGCCCUGUGAAUUUCUGCCAACACUAUAAUGGUUCUGUGCCGUUCGAAGAACGAGUUGAUACAAUUCUAAAGUACUUUGAUCUUCCUAUUAGUGAGAUUCCUGUGUUUAUGACUCUAUAUUUUGAGGACCCAGAUCAUCAGGGACACCAAGUUGGACCUGAUGAUCCGGAGAUCACAGAAGCCGUUGCCAAUAUUGAUAAAAUGAUCGGAAGGUUGAUCCAAGGCCUAGAAAAGAGAGGCGUUUUCGAGGAUGUCACCAUACUUUUGGUGGGAGAUCAUGGGAUGGUCGGUACUUGUGAUAAAAAGCUCAUCUUUCUUGAUGAUUUGGCCCCUUGGAUUGAAAUUCCAAAAGACUGGGUCCAUUCUUACAGUCCUUUGCUUUCAAUUCGGCCUCCUGCCGGCGUUUCUCCUUCGGAUGUCGUUGCCAAGAUGACGGAAGCUUUGAGUUCGGGCGAGGUUGAGAAUGGAAUGAGACUCAAGGUAUUUCUCAAGGAGGAGCUGCCUGAACGACUCCAUUACGCGGAGAACGAUCGAAUCCCACCCAUAAUAGGACUGGUUGCAGAAGGGUUUACGGUAGAGCAGACAAGAUCGAACAGGAAAGAAUGUGGAGGAGCACAUGGUUAUGAUAAUGCAUUCUUCUCGAUGAGAACCAUAUUCAUCGCCCAUGGCCCUCAGUUUGAAAGAGGUCGCAAGGUCCCGUCGUUUGAGAAUGUUCAGAUAUACAAUUUGGUCACUUCCAUUCUUAAGGUACAGGGAGCUCCUAAUAACGGUACAGCAUCAUUUCCAAACUCUAUCAUCUUGCCCAGCUCCUGAAAUCAAUUCUGUCUGCAUUCAUGGAGAUGUCAGCUGCGACAGGAUGGGUUUCCAUGUUUAUGCAAAUUUCUGGCUAAUUUUGUCAUACGAUUGUGGAAAUAAGAUUAGGCAUUGCAGAAGGAAGAUAGUAAGUAGUUCCACCUUCUACAAGAUCUGUUGUUAUUUGUGGGUAGUUACUGUUAACAACCCUACACCUAUCAUCUGCCCAACUUCACUUUUAACUGUAGUUUGUGGUGGACAUGCUAGGAAGGGACCUAGAUUCGUAGUUGGAAUUAUGUAAAAUGAUCUCUGCUUAAGGAUUAUGAAUGGAAUGCUCCUCUGGUUAGGCUUGGACUUGCA